ACACACACACACACACACACACGCACACUUCCUGGUUUUAUUUGUACUCCGGCCCGCUGGGGCACCGCUGAGCCGCAGAGGCGGCGGCGGCGGCAGCGGCAGCCGCAACAUCUGGGGGAAACUUAAGGUGGUCACGCAGGUUUUUCCAGAGGCUGCGGCGCAGAGGAGCCCGAGACUUCCCGGGGCAGCCGUAGGGCACCUGAUGGCUACGCCUCUCCAGCCGCUGGGGAGCGAGCAAAGGCUGGGGGUGCAGAUUGAGCUGAGCGGCUUCAGAACGCGGAUAGUUCCGCGGCGCUUUUGGUCCAUCCAGAGAACACCAGGAUUGGGGGCGGGGAGUGGGGAGUCGCCAAGGGGCUCCUGCAGUCUGGAAGCGAGCCACGCCGAGGGAGGUGGGGCGGUUGGAACUCUCCGCGGCCAGAGAGGGGGACGCCUCGGAGCCCUCCCUCCCCUCGUCCCAGCCUCUUCUAGCCCCCUGGGAGAAGCCCUGAGAGGCCCGCCCUGUUCGGGCCGGAGGAAAGCGAAGGGAGCCCGCUUUCUGUAGAAGUGGCGUCUUCUUUGCUAGAAAGCUCCUCACGCCCUCAGCCGGGCGGGUGGACAGGCGUGCAAAGUGGAGUCAGCGGCGACUGUGGCGGCCGCGGGGGGUGCGGCGAGCUACCACAGUGCUCCGGGUCCCUCUCCUGGAAGGGCUGGGCACACAACUUACGCUUGCGGAGAUACCCCACCCCGCUCUCUCCCCUUGUUUUGUCUUUCCCUCUUGGCUCUGAGACUGAGGUUUGAGAGCCCUGUGCUUCAGAGGAAGGUUGAGUUAUUUCUCUACAACUCGUGUUAGGGUAUGAGUUGGUGGGCACUGAGGAGUGUCGAAAGUAUAAGAGUUGGCCAAAGGUGAGGUUAGAGCACCUUUCUGUUGAAGGCGCACCUGUUGCCCAUUGCUUGGCUGUAUUGCCUGCGAUAGGAAAGUGGGCGAUGCCUCACUCUGACUUUCGGGAUCCCUAAAGGGUUGGGUCACUGUCUACCUGUCCCCCCUCUCUUCCCCUUUCCACGCACCACGUAUUCCAUUGCACGUGGGCACUGCAAGGGAAGAAGGGAACAUGGAGAAUAGGCCCUUCCCAGUCCCUUCCACCUUGGACUGUGUGUGUGUGUGUGUUUGUGCGCGCGCGCGUGCGCGCGCGUGUGUGUGUGAAGGGGGAAGGGGAGACAGAGAGAGAGAAUGCUAACGCCAAAGGAGGCGGCCCUGGACAGGAAAAGGGAGAAAGGGGUAUGCAUCGGGCUAGGGAAAUCCCACCCUAACUGCCUGAGGCCUUUGAGCUUCUCGAGUCUUGGGACAUCUGUCCGCGCUUCCGCUAAUGGGGGAGACAAUUGUGAGUGGAUGAGGUUAGAACACUGCCAGGCACACCCCAUCCCUCACUAGUCCAGGUGCCGGCUACCUGGCCCAUACCAGCGUUCCCUUCCGCCGGAGCUUUUGUUGCACCCUCCCCCACAUGUGAGCAGCCGGGCGGCAGCAGUGGCCCUUGGUUUAGGGGAAGGCGAGGUGAGACGUCGCGGUGCUGCGGGCUGCGCGGACCUGUGUGGAGAGGUCACACCUCUUUCGGAAAAAAAAAAAAAAAAAAGAGAGGGAGAGAGAGAGAGAAGAAAGAAAGAAAGAAAGAAAGAAAGAAAGAAAGAAAGAAAGAAAGAAAGAAAGAAAGAAAAAACCCAAGCUGGCGACCAAGGUGAACCCAGAACGGUUCCCACCUUAAAAUCGGCCCUGCUCGUGACGUCAGGUCGGAAAUAUACCAAAGCGAGAGCCGGCCAGGAGUCCGGGGAGCGCGGCGGCGCGGCGAUUGGGCGGCGGGCCGCUGACGCGCGCUGACGCGCGGAGACUUUAGGUGCAUGUUGGCAGCGGCAGCGCGAGCCACAUAAACAAAGGCACAUUGGCGGCCAGGGCCAGUCCGCCCGGCGGCUCGCGCUCGGCUCCGCGGUCCUGCUCCCCUGCCCAGCCGGCCGCCUUCUCCUGCUCCCUCGCCGCUCCUGGCGACUUGGUUACCUUCGCCCCUCUCGCCCACCCCUGUCAGACCCUGCUACCAGGACUCCCAGAGGAAACUACACUUCGGCUGAGUUGAAUGAAUGAAGAGAGACGCAGAGAACUCCUAAGUGAGGAGGAGAUCCGACAGGCUGGACUCCCCAUUGCUUUUCUAAAAAUCUUGGAACUUUGUCCUUCGUUGAAUUACGACACUGUCCACCUUUAAUUUCCUCGAAAACGCCUGUAAUUCGGCUGAAGCCAUGCCUUGUGUUCAGGCGCAGUAUGGGUCCUCGCCUCAAGGAGCCAGCCCCGCUUCUCAGAGCUACAGUUACCACUCUUCGGGAGAAUACAGCUCCGAUUUCUUAACUCCAGAGUUUGUCAAGUUUAGCAUGGACCUCACCAACACUGAAAUCACUGCCACCACUUCUCUCCCCAGCUUCAGUACCUUUAUGGACAACUACAGCACAGGCUACGACGUCAAGCCACCUUGCUUGUACCAAAUGCCCCUGUCCGGACAGCAGUCCUCCAUUAAGGUAGAAGACAUUCAGAUGCACAACUACCAGCAGCACAGCCACCUGCCCCCCCAGUCCGAGGAGAUGAUGCCGCAUUCCGGGUCGGUUUACUACAAGCCCUCCUCGCCCCCGACGCCCACCACCCCGGGCUUCCAAGUGCAGCACAGCCCCAUGUGGGACGACCCAGGCUCUCUCCACAACUUCCAUCAGAACUACGUGGCCACCACGCACAUGAUCGAGCAGAGGAAAACGCCCGUCUCCCGCCUCUCCCUCUUCUCAUUUAAGCAAUCGCCUCCCGGCACCCCCGUGUCUAGCUGCCAGAUGCGCUUCGACGGGCCCCUGCACGUCCCCAUGAACCCGGAGCAGGCAGGCAGCCACCACGUGGUGGACGGGCAGACCUUCGCUGUGCCCAACCCCAUCCGAAAGCCUGCGUCCAUGGGCUUCCCAGGCCUGCAGAUCGGCCACGCAUCGCAGCUGCUGGACACGCAGGUGCCCUCGCCGCCGUCGCGGGGCUCGCCCUCCAACGAGGGAUUGUGCGCCGUGUGUGGCGACAACGCGGCCUGCCAACACUAUGGCGUGCGCACCUGUGAGGGCUGCAAAGGUUUCUUUAAGCGCACGGUACAAAAAAACGCAAAAUACGUGUGUUUAGCAAAUAAAAACUGCCCAGUGGACAAGCGGCGCCGGAAUCGCUGUCAGUAUUGCCGAUUUCAGAAGUGCCUGGCUGUUGGGAUGGUCAAAGAAGUGGUUCGCACGGACAGUUUAAAAGGCCGGAGAGGUCGUUUGCCCUCGAAACCGAAGAGCCCACAGGAGCCCUCUCCCCCCUCGCCCCCGGUGAGUCUGAUCAGUGCCCUCGUCAGGGCCCAUGUCGACUCCAACCCGGCUAUGACCAGCCUGGACUAUUCCAGGUUCCAGGCGAACCCUGACUAUCAGAUGAGUGGAGAUGACACCCAGCAUAUCCAGCAGUUCUAUGAUCUCCUGACUGGCUCCAUGGAGAUCAUCAGGGGCUGGGCUGAGAAGAUCCCAGGCUUCGCUGACCUGCCCAAAGCCGACCAAGACCUGCUUUUUGAAUCCGCUUUCUUAGAACUGUUUGUGCUUCGAUUAGCGUACAGGUCCAACCCAGUGGAGGGUAAACUCAUCUUUUGCAAUGGGGUGGUCUUGCACAGGUUGCAAUGCGUUCGUGGCUUUGGGGAAUGGAUUGAUUCCAUUGUUGAAUUCUCCUCCAACUUGCAGAAUAUGAACAUCGACAUUUCUGCCUUCUCCUGCAUUGCUGCCCUGGCUAUGGUCACAGAGAGACACGGGCUCAAGGAACCCAAGAGAGUGGAAGAACUGCAAAACAAGAUUGUAAAUUGUCUCAAAGACCAUGUGACUUUCAAUAAUGGGGGGUUGAACCGCCCCAACUAUUUGUCCAAACUAUUGGGGAAGCUCCCAGAACUCCGUACUCUUUGCACACAGGGGCUACAGCGCAUUUUCUACCUGAAACUAGAAGACUUGGUACCACCGCCAGCAAUAAUUGACAAACUUUUCCUGGACACUUUACCUUUCUAAGACCUUCUCCCAUGCACUUCAAAGGAACUGGAAAGAAACCUAAAACUAUCCAGAGGGGGGAAGUCACAAGGCAGAGAUAUCCCCAUGAGCUGCCUCAGCUCUAGCCGGCCCCCACUCCCUCCAAAAAAUCCCAGACCCUUAAUCCCUAAAGAAACAAAACAAAACAAAACAAAACAAAACAAAACAACAAAAACUGUUGCUAUUUCCUAACCUGCAGGCAGAACCUAAAAGGGCAUUUUGGCUCCGGGGCAUCCUGGAUUUAGAACAUGGACUGCACACAAUACAGUGGUAUAAACUUUUUAUUAUCAGUUUAAAAAUCAGUUUAUUGUUCAGAAGAAAGAUUCCUAAUGUAUGAUAGGGGAAAUGUUUGGCCAUGUUUGGUUGUUGCAGUUAAGACAAAUGUAAUACAUACACACACACACACACACACACACACACGCACACAUUCACUCACACAUUGUAAGGGGACCCACAAGUAUUGCCCUUUAAAAGACUUCAAAGUUUUCUGCUGUAAAGAAAGCUGUAAUAUAUAGUAAAACUAAAUGUUGCGUGGGUGGCAUGAGUUGAAGAAGGGAAAGGCUUGUAAAUUUAUCCAAUGCAGUUUGGCUUUUUAAAUUAUUUUGUGCCUAUUUAUGAAUACAUAUUACAAAUUCUAAAAGAUAAGUGUGUUUGCAAAAAAAAAAAAAAAAGAAAAAAGAAAAAAAGAACUACACAAAAAAGGGACAAGCAUGUUGAGUCUAGGUUGAAAAUGUUAUAGGCACUUGCUAUUUCAGUAAUGUCUAUAUUAUAUAAAUAGUAUUUCAGACACUAUGUAGUCUGUUAGAUUUUAUAAAGAUUGGUAGUUAUCUGAGCUUAAACAUUUUCUCAAUUGUAAAAUAGGUGGGCACAAGUAUUACACAUCAGAAAAUCCUGACAAAAGGGACACAUAGUGUUUGUAACACAGUCCAACAUUCCUUGUUUGUAAGUGUUGUAUGUACCGUUGAUGUUGAUAAAAGAAAGUUUAUAUCUUGAUUAUUUUGUUGUCUAAAGCUAAACAAAACUUGCAUGCAGCAGCUUUUGACUGUUUCCAGAGUGCUUAUAAUAUACAUAACUCCCUGGAAAUUACUGAGCACUUUGAAUUUUUUUUUGUUUUUUUUUAAAUGUCUAAAAUUGUCAGUUAAUAUAUUAUUUUAUGUUUGAGUAAGAAUUUUAAUAUUGCCAUAUUCUGUAGUAUUUUUCUUUGUAUAUUUCCAGUAUGGCACAUGAUAUGAGUCACUGCCUUUUUUUCUAUGGUGUAUGACAGUUAGAGACGCUGAUUUUUUUUUUCUGAUAAAUUCUUUCUUUGAGAAAGACAAUUUUAAUGUUUACAACAAUAAACUAUGUAAAUGAACAGAA